AUGCUCGCCGAUCUUUUUCUAGCGACGCUCUGGCUCGUCGGCCUCGUCGCCGCCCUCGACCCGUACCACGUCCUCGGCAUCUCCCGUGACUCCGAUGACAAAACAAUCAAAUCGGCCUAUCGUCAAUUAUCGAAACAGUACCAUCCAGAUAAGAACCAGGCGCCCGGAGCGCACGACCGAUUCAUCGAGAUCGGCGAGGCGUACGACAUCUUGAGCGACGAGCAAAAAAAACUGAACUACGAUCUCUACGGCGACCCCAAUGCCGGCCAAGGCCAAAAUGGACACGGGUUCCAAUUCAACGACAUGUUCAACCAAUUUUUCAACGGACAAGGCGGCCAGCAGGGUGGGCAGGGCAAGAAGCGGUUCCAGGAUGCUCUGAUUGACUUGCAGGUUGGUCUCAAGGACUUCUUCAAUGGAAGAGACGUUGACUUUACUGUUCAAAUGAAUAACAUUUGCGAGUCCUGUGAGGGGUCUGGCAGUGCCGAUGGGCAGAGGCAUCAGUGUAGUAAGUGUAAUGGAAGCGGAGUGGUGAUUAUUCGUCGGCAGAUUGGGCCCAUGAUUCAGCAGUUCCAGUCCCAUUGUGACCAGUGUAAUGGGCAGGGCUCCACGAUCGCCAACUUGUGUCAGGAAUGUGGUGGAGGCGGCACAGUGCGGAAAACAAGGAAGGUGAAUGUGUUUUUGUCCGCUGGAACCCCUAGAAAUCAUGUAGUUACUCUUGAGGGUGAGGGAGACCAGCAUCCUGACUAUCUUCCCGGAAACAUGAACGUGAAGUUCGUAGAGACGCCGCUGGAAAACUGGGGCUUCUAUAGGAUCGGCGACAAUUUGUACAGAACGGAGCCUCUCACCUCGAGCGAGGCGCGCAACGGAGGCUGGAAGAGGGAAAUUAAGCUCUUUGACGAUGAAGUCGUGGUGAUUCUGCGGGAGACCGGGGUUUCCGUUAUGGAUGGCCACGUUGACGUGAUUGCCGAACAUGGAAUGCCCAAGCUGAAUGACAAUACCGAGUUUGGUAACAUGUAUGUCACAUACAAGGUCAUUGCAGUGGGUGGUAAAAAGUUGGAGAAGGAUGAAUUAUAG